AUCACCGUCGCACCGUUCGUUGCGCGGUCUCGCACAAAUCCGCGCCGGUCGCCCACCCAGUUGCCCGUUCGGCGGAGCUCAUGUGCGCGGACUCUGGCUUGUGGCAUCGGGUGCGCGCCCUCAUUCGUCUCCCAAGGAGCGCUCUGCGGAGAGAAGUGUCGGAGAAUGAGCCGAGUCCUGUUCGUGUAGUUUCACCUGCGCGGAGCUCAAAGCCAUAUUAAUUAACACAAGUUUAUCAUGUCGAGCAGAAGAGGCGCCUUUAAGCCUCCGUCUGUCGCGCGAACGAAGCGAACCUGACGGGUAAAACCGUUUUGAGACUGAAUGCGCGCUCCCUGUGCUCAGUUACCUCAGGCGGCUGUACGGUUGUUACCGUUAGAAAAUGGCACAACUCGGUGACACCGGGGCGCUGACGGUGUCUUUUCUCAAUAUCCAACUGUUUUAAUAAAUACUGUGGUUUACCCCACCGGACGACGUAGAAAAAUCGCGUGGAAAACUAGUGAACUUGCUUUCUGGACUUUGGAAAUACAGUGAAUAUUUCGGCCACUCGCAUGCAGGUCGGGAAACGUUGGUGAAGUUCAGUUUUUUUUUUUUUUUUUUCUGGACAUAAACUGUACGUACAGCUUUAUAACAUGUAUGCUGGACGUAAACGGAGGAAACCGGUGCAGAGAACGGUGAAGCCUCCUCCAGCAGAAGGAGCCAAGUCAAACCCGUCAAAACGCCACCGCGAUCGGCUGAACUCUGAACUUGACCGACUGGCCGGUCUGCUGCCAUUUCCUGAGGAAGUCACUUCCAGCUUGGAUAAACUAUCGAUCUUGCGCCUGAGCGUUAGCUACCUGCGCGCAAAGAACUUCUUCAGUGUCGCCCUGAAAAGCCACCCUGGAAAAGAGGCAAGGGCUGGCUCCAGCAGUCGUGACGAUGGCACAGCCGCGGGACUGGUGGACCACUGGCUGCCUGAGGGAGAGCUCCUCCUGCAGGCCCUCAAUGGCUUUGUACUGGUGGUCACAGCAGAAGGGAUCAUAUUUUACUCAUCUCACACCAUUCAGGAUUACCUGGGAUUCCAUCAGACGGAUGUUAUGCACCAGAGCGUGUUUGAGCUCAUUCACACUGAGGACCAACAGGAGUUCAGGAGAAACCUGCACUGGGCACUGAACCCGCCAGCAGUAGGCGAGCAGGAUGAGACCCCCACGGAUGGAGAGUCAGUCACUAGUCCAGCCUUGGUCACCUACAACCCAGACCAGCUACCCCCAGAAAACUCCUCCUUCCUGGAGAGGAGUUUUAUGUGUCGCUUCCGCUGUCUCCUGGAUAACUCCUCUGGCUUCCUGGCACUUAACCUACAGGGCAGACUGAAGUUCCUCCACGGACAGAACCGACGACUGCACAGUGGUGUUCAGGCGCCUCCCCAGCUUGCCCUAUUUGCCAUCGCGACACCUCUGCAGCCUCCCUCGAUCUUGGAGAUCCGGACCAAGAACAUGAUCUUCAGGACCAAGCACAAGCUGGACUUCACACCCAUGGCCUGUGAUGCCAAGGGGAAGAUUGUCUUGGGCUACACGGAGGCAGAGCUGCGAGUGCGAGGUUCCGGGUAUCAGUUCAUCCACGCAGCUGAUAUGGUCCAUUGUGCUGAGAACCACAUGAGGAUGAUCAAGACAGGAGAGAGCGGACUCACUGUCUUCAGGCUCCUCACCAAGGAUAACCGCUGGAAGUGGGUGCAAGCCAAUGCUAGACUGGUAUAUAAGAACAGCAAACCUGACUACAUCAUUGCAACCCAGAGGCCCCUUGUGGAGGAAGAGGGUGGGGAGCACCUGCGGAAGCGCUCCAUGCACCUCCCCUUUACAUUUGCCACUGGCGAGGCUCUGCUGUACCAGAUAAGCUGCCCCAUGCCCGGUUUCCCCGAUGCCUUCCAGAGCAAGGGCAAGAGCACCAAGUUCAAGAAGGGAAAGUCCGACAAGUGCUCCCAGGACAAUGUGGACCCCAGCUCUCUCCUAGGAGCCAUGAUGAGACAGGACGAGUCCGUUUACGUGUGUCAGGCGGCUCCAGAGCCCAAAUUGUCUUUCCACAGCAGCCUGGCCAGUGAACUGGGUGGGGGCUUGUCAGGUGGUGAUGCCUGGACAUCUCCUGCAAACAGAUUGGAAGAGCCUGAGCUCGAGAAGGCUAAUUUGGAUCCACUCCUGUCCACGCUGGAUUCCUUGACCUUGGAGGGUGAUGAGAACUGCUCCAACAGCGAGCUCUUCAAUGCCCUGGAAAACCUGGGGCUCAAUGCUGAAGACCUGGAGCUGCUGCUUCUUGAUGAAAGGAUGAUGCGUGUAGAAAUGGACCCACACUACAUUCCCUCCCUCAAUGACCUGCUGACCAACAAUGAAAUCCUGUCUUAUAUCCACGACUCUCUGGAAGGCAGGACUGAGGAAGGCAAUAACACCCAGUUAUCAGUUUCCCAGUCCCAGGCCAUGACCCAGCCAGCUCACGACAGCCUCACUGCCUCUCUUCAGACCGCCCAAAUGUGUUAUCUGCCCGGCAGGCCACAGCUGCAGCCACCCAUUUUGGAGCUCUCGCAGAAAAUGCAGCAGCACCUGAAAGCUCAGUCAGUGCAAACCAAAUCAGACCCCUGGCAACAACAGGGGGGGUCGCAAGUCUCCCUGCCACCAAGCCAGCAUGCCAACUCUGAAGCCCUGCCUGUGGAGAAUGGACUGCUGGAUUGGGAGCAGUCACUCCACAAUGGUCAUUGGGCAUCACAGGAAGUGGAUAUGGUCCAAGAAACCAUCUCACACCAGCUGCCCAAGCUCCAACCACAGCAGUGUCACCAGAACCAAGUUCUAGUCCAACUCCAGUCUCAGUGUCAUUUCAAACAGACAAUCACCAAUGGGGACGCAUUCGUUAACGGGGUCUGCUCAACCCUCGGACAGGUGCCUGUGGAUGCCCAGCAGUGGCAGGCCUACAAUUACAGCAGUCCUACCCUUCUCCACGGCCAAGUAGAACCGGGGUCCAGUGAACGGUUCAUCCACAACUGGCACGUUGGCACUUGUGUAACCUCAGCGCCCAGUACGUCCACUGCUCUGCCACCUGGGACCUCCUACGUGGCCUACAGCACGUCAGAUGGACCCUCUGUGGAGUUUACAGUAAAUGGUGGUGUGGGACAGUACCAGGGUGUGCUGUCAGCCUCCUCAACAUAUCCCAUAGCUUCUCCCAGACAACAGCAACAGCAGUCAACCAGUCAGACUCAAGUGUCAUCUAGCUGUUUCUCACAGUACGCAACUCAGAAUGUCUCCCUAGAGCACAUUCUGACUAUGGGACAACCCGAGCAGAUGCCUACUCUGGAGUCCUAUGGCAUGUUCGCCAGCACAGUGUCACAGGACCUUACCCACAAUAAGAUGGAGAACAUAGGCCUCCUGGGCAGCACCAGCGUGUCCUAUGUCGGGGGCAACCUGCUGUCCAACGGGGCUGCUGGAGUCCCUGCUGAGGGCGCCCAGCCCUGUCCUGAAGGACUGUCCAGCCUCCCAGGCACCCAGACUACAGACCUGUACCUCUGAGAGAGCAUCUGGCUCGUGAUCACUGACAGGGAGUGUGGUAUCUUGAAUUGCUCAAAGGGUCGGCCUUUCAAAUAAUAAAAGCGCAAGAACAAAAAUUGACCUUUUUUUGUUCUUUCGGUAUGUUUGUCUUUUCGUGCGUAUGUUGCUGUUUGUUUCCCUGCCAUAUGAUAUACUGUACAUUAGAAGUGUCUAGGAAGGAGUCUGGUGUCCAUGCUGAACUCAGCCCAAAAUCUAUUCCUUUCUGACAAAAAGUGUUGUGAAAAAAUGGUCUCGGCGUGUACCUUGUUUUUACAUGAAUGCUGAAGAAUGGCUCACGGUACCCGUUCCACUAUUCAGUGAUUAAACCUCAGGUUUGCUGCACACAGCAGUGUUUACUGUGUAUGAGUGGGAGUCUUGAU